AACUAUGCCACCGUGAUUGCCCACAACCCUGAGACAAAGAAGACCCGUAUUCGUCUCCCAUCCGGAGCGAAGAAGGUCAUCCAGUCCGCCAACCGUGCCAUGAUUGGAUUGGUUGCUGGAGGUGGACGUACUGACAAGCCUAUGCUCAAGGCUGGACGUGCAUACCAUAAGUACAAGGCCAAGAGAAACAGCUGGCCACGAGUCAGAGGUGUUGCUAUGAACCCAGUUGAGCAUCCCCACGGAGGAGGUAACCAUCAGCAUAUUGGUCAUCCUUCGACCGUCCGAAGAGACGCAAGUGCAGGAAAGAAAGUUGGUCUCAUCGCUGCCCGUCGUACAGGAAGAAUUCGUGGAGGAAAGCCAGUCAAGAUCACCAAGGAAGAGGCUGUUUAA